AUGCUCCGUCGCGGCCAUAAGAAAUCCCGGACAGACUCGACUGAAAAUGCAGAUGUCCGGAACCAGCAUGAUCAAACCUUUGAAGAGGAAAUCAACCUCAAGCAUAUGGAACUCCUCGUCCACUUGGCCACCGACAAAGAGCUUCUAAUUCUCACUCACGGCGCCAAAAACGAAGUCUCUAGCCCCGAACUCGCACUUGGCCUCAAAAAGGGCCUAGAGUCACCAUACCUCAUGUAUCAGCUGCUCGCAUUCUCCGCCCGUCAUCUGGCCUUUCUGAAACCCGAGCGUUCGGCCUCUUAUCUACACCAGGCCGUCACACUGCAAACUCGCGCUGUCUCGAUAUUCAAUGCCGCCUGGACAGAAAUUAACCAGUCUAACUGCGUUGCUAUAUUACUAUUCUCAUCGAUCCUGGGGCACCAUCUACUUACCGACACACUCGCUAAACGGACAACAUAUGAUCUCGACGAAUUCAUGACCAAUUACGUGCAAUUCGUCGAAAUGCACAGGGGUAUACAUACCAUUGCUAUGACAGCGAAGUCUCAGCUGAUGCAGUCGGAACUCGAACCAAUACUUUCAUGGAGUGCGUCGUUUACAUCGCGCUCACCGAGAGGAAACGACUGUCAAAGAGCCAGUGAGUUGGUCCAUCAAGCGGAAAGUCUAGGACGGGAGGAUAAGAAAGCCUGCCAGCUCGUGAUUAGGUACCUUCAGGUUGGAUUUGAUGCUGUGUUCUCGGAAGAGGAACAGGGGAACAGAUAUCAUAUGCUCUGCACAUGGCCAAUGCUGGGACCUCCUGAGUUUACGGCUUUGUUGGUAGCCAGAAAGCCCGAGGCUUUGAUCGUUCCUCUUACCAUUAUCAAGGGCGCCGGCCAUGAGCACAUCCCUAUCCCCGAGGGCGACUGCGCCAUUAUCGCCGACUUCCACUCAAUCAAAUCCCAGAGCUCACACUCUACCCCUUACCUGACCACUGGAUUAUACCGUGUUGUGCCCGGACCCACACGGUACGGCGAGUACGACUACGAGGAGACCAAGUAUGUUCUCAAGGGCCAAAUCGACAUCACAGAUGAGGCCACUGGCAAGACCCACCACCUCGUUGCUGGAGACUGGGCCUUCUUCCAUGUUGGAUCCAAGGCUCAGUUCUCAACAAAGUCUGAGGGUGUUGCUUUCUACGCUGUCACCCGACCAAUGAACGCCGGCCACCCUAACCUUGUUGGCCGCGAGGAGAGCACUUCAAGGUUGUAAAAGUCAAUGCUAUCAUAGCCU